UCAACCACAUGAUUGUCAUGCAGCCCUUAAAACUCAAAUGCUUCUUCUUACUGUUGAACUUGUAUGUUUCUUCUGCUGUGUCCUCCUAUCUGAAUUCCACCUCCUGUCUGUUGCAGGGAAAGUUUCAUCUAAAUGGGCUGCAUAAAACUGGAGAUGUGAUGCUGGGUGGACUGUUUCAAGUUCAUUUCUUCUCUGUUUUUCCCGAACUGUCUUUUAACUUGGAGCCAGAACAGCUUACCUGUUAUGGUUUUGAUGUUUUAGGAUUUAGACAGACUCAGACCAUGGCCUUUGCGAUCGAUGAGAUCAACAGAAGUUCCAAGCUGCUGCCCAACGUGACUCUGGGGUUCMGUAUGCACGAUAACUGUCUCACUCUUGGAAUCGGAUUCCGUGCAGCCCUGGCAUUAAUCAGUGGUCAAGAGGAGGAAAUGAUGAUAGAUGAGACUUGUAUAGGGAUCCCUCCGRUCAUAGCAAUAGUGGGGGAUUCUUCCUCUACUCGUACAAUUGCCAUCUCCACUGUUGUAGGUUUGUACCGAGUACCCAUGGUGAGUUAUUUUGCCACAUGUUCAUGCCUCAGUGACCGCCAGAUGUUUCCAUCCUUCUUUAGAACAAUACCAAGUGAUGCUUUUCAGGUCCGAGCUAUGAUUCAGAUAUUAAAACACUUUGGCUGGACUUGGGCUGGUUUGUUGAUCAGUGAUGAUGACUAUGGUCUCCAYGCUGCUCGAGCCUUCCAGUCUGAUCUGAGUCUGUCUGGUGAUGGGUGUCUGGCCUAUGUAGAGAUUUUGCCCUGGGAGAAAGACUUAAUUGAACUGAAAAGGAUUGUGGACACAAUGAAGCAAUCCACAGCUCGAGUGGUCAUUGUCUUUGCACACGAGAGUCUGAUUAUUAAUCUCAUGGAAGAGGUAGUGAGACAGAAUGUGACAGGCCUGCAGUGGUUGGCGAGUGAAGCGUGGACCACAGCUGCUGUGCUUCAGACCCCCCAGCUCAUGCCGUACCUGGGCGGCACACUGGGUAUAGCCAUUCGUCGAGGAGAGAUACCGGGCCUCAGGAACUUCCUGUUAGAAAUACGUCCUGACUUACAUCACAACAACAGCAAUGAAAAUAGCAUGGUGAACCAGUUUUGGGAGUUCACAUUUCAGUGUAGAUUUCCACCGCCUCCAGCAGGUUGGGUGGAGGACGGGGGAACUUUAUGUACCGGAGAAGAAGAUUUAGAGAAUGUAACAACAGAAUUUUUCGACAUUUCUGACCUAAGGUCUGAGUACAAUGUUUACAAAGCUGUAUAUGCACUGGCAUAUGCUCUUGAUGAUUUGCUGCGGUGUGAGCCAGGCAGAGGGCCUUUCAGUGAGGGCAGUUGUGCCAGUAUACAUGCAUUUGAGCCAUGGCAGCUUGUGUUUUACCUGGAAAAAGUCAAUUACACCACAUCAUUUGGAGAUCAGGUGUCAUUUGAUGCAAAUGGUGACGCUUUACCAAUAUAUGAUGUUAUGAACUGGCUGUGGCUCCCUGAUGGAAGAACUGAGGUUCAAUACGUUGGCGAUGUUAAAAUGUCGGCCUUCAACGGAGAAGAACUGAUGCUUUAUGAAGAGAGGAUCUUCUGGAACUUUGAGCCCAAAAAGCCGCCACGCUCAGUGUGCAGCGAGAACUGUCCUUCAGGUACCCGCCUGGUGAGAAGGAAGGGGGAACCUGAGUGUUGUUAUGACUGUGUUGCUUGUUCUGAAGGAAAGAUCAGCAAUAAAACAAACUCGUUGGAGUGCUUCAGUUGUCCAGAGGACUUCUGGUCCGGCCCCCAGCRGGACCUCUGUGUUCCUAAGAAAACUGAGUUCCUGUCCUAUCAGGAGCCUCUGGGUAUCUGUUUGACAGUCGCCUCAUUACUGGGAACAUUUAUCUGUGCAGUUGUUCUGGGGAUCUUCAUCCAUCAUCGCAGCACACCUAUAGUGAGGGCCAACAACUCAGAACUGAGCUUCCAGCUGCUGCUGUCUCUAAAGUUGUGUUUCCUGUGUUCGCUGCUGUUCAUUGGGCGACCCCGACUGUGGACAUGCCAACUGAGACACGCAGCRUUUGGCAUCAGUUUUGUACUUUGUGUCUCAUGCAUCCUGGUUAAAACCAUGGUGGUUCUGGCUGUGUUCAAAGCCUCCAAACCAGGAGGUGGAGCCCAUCUCAAGUGGUUUGGUGUUUCCCAGCAGAGAGGAACAGUUUUAGUUCUYACCUCUGUCCAGGCAGCGAUCUGCACUGCUUGGCUUGUCUCCUCCUCACCCGCUCCACAUAAAAACACUCAGUACCAC